ACAUGGGGUCACUCUUACUGGUGGAAGCUGCGUGACCGGGCUGACUGAGUACGCUGAUCUGGUAACCAGACUUGAACACUCGAGAGAGGAACGAUCAGCCCGCAGGAGUUUUGACAGUUUUGCUCCCGGUUAAAGUGGCUAAGAUAUGGCAAAAUCUUCCUGUCGCAGUCAUGCGCCCGCUUUUCGUUCUUGGGUAGGUUAUUUUAAUGACUUUAUUUUGUUACAAUUUCAUUAACUUAUUUUGUUACACAGAUGUGUACACAGAUGUUUGUGAAUUUGGAUGUUCAGGUAUCUAGGUUGAUGGCUGAGGAAUCUACAGGAAUUGGACGAAAUAUUGUCCACUAACAUCUUACAGCCCUGUUCGUUUUUUGUUUGUUUUUUUUUGUUUUUAAUUUUUUUUUUUUUCCUCCUGUGUUUCCCUCAUAGCGCCAUAAUUUUUGAGACUUUUCUCCCGUUACCAUGCUGAUUUUUUUUUUUUUCUUUUUGUCCGUGUUUUCGACAGCGGAACCAGAAACUGAAGACUCGGCAACUUAAGUUUCCUGAAAGUUAACAUGAAAGCUGAUAUAAAAAGAUGGAUAGUUUCUAAAGCUAUCACAUGUGCAGUGUUUGUUAUUUUGUUCACCACUUGUAGUUAUGCACGAUGAAAAUGCGCAGCAAAUCGCCCGUCGUGCUGCUGAAGCUGAUUUACUUCACAUUACUCUCAGUUCUUGAGGCACAAGAAGUCCAUGUCUGGCCUCAAGUGACCGGAUACCUCCGGCAUGAUGUCACUCUGCCGUGCCAGUUCAUCCAAGGACCAGAAAACAUCAGUAUUGUUCAGGUUCAGUGGAAUCUCUUGUCACUCACAGGAGAGGAAAUCAAGAUUCUUAUUUCUGAUAGCCAGCAUGGACUGAAUAUUCCUAAUUCUACUCUGAGUGAGAGAGUGGAGAUUGCAGAACAAUCUUUGAUAAUUAAAGAUGUGGAAAUGAGAGAUGCAGGGUCAUACAUCUGCAUCGUUACAACCUUCCCCAGUGGUUCGCUUAGAGGAACAACCCAACUAGUUGUUCAAGAACAGAUACCAUUAUCAUUGGAAGUGGUUUCUGGUAUAGCGAUUGCUGUCAUACUGCUGGUAGGGAUCAUGGCAGCCGUUGCUUACUUCAUUUUCAUCAAAAGGCGUGAUUCUUUGAUCAGACACCCUGUCGACACUGAUACAGGUGGGACAGAAAUGGAUUUGGCCAGGCAAUCUGUUGUAAGAGAGAAGGAUGUGGUCUACUCAGAUGUCAGGCGAAAACCAUCUGGAGAUGUGACACCCUCAUCCAAUGACAAAAACACAGAGGCCACGUAUAAUGAUGUCACAUACGCUGAAGUUGUAGUUUGGGGUCAGCAGCCCAAAUGACAACAGGAGGGAAAAAAAAAAACUUUGAAAGUAUCAUUUAGCUUAUCCUGACAUCUUUCAAGAGUUCACUGUGUUGGUUCAGCAUGUAAUUAGCACAGAACAAAGUACAGCUGCGGCUGAUGGGAAUGCCAUUAGUUUUGCAGGUGUUUUCUCAUACUAAAGUAACAUUUUGACCUGAUGAGGAUGCUAGAUGAAAAGUCAUGCGAUUAAAAACAAAGCCAAUACAUCCUCUGGAGACCACGAAUGUGCGCACCAAAUUUCACAACUAGUAGCUGUUGCAGUAUCUCAAUAAAAAACUAAGAAGUCAACAUCAUAGUGGUGAGCCAAGUCUGGUGAACCAACGAACAUUUUCAUGCCUGGAAUCAUGCCGCUAGCAUGGCAAAAAACAUUUGGUCAGUGGAUCAGUUUCUAAUAUUGUAGUGAGGAAUAGUAGAAGCAGAAAUAGCCACAGUGAGUUCUUUCUGCAAACCUCCAACAUGUAAGCAACCUUUACCUUGCCAUGGCAUGAAAUGGUAAAAAGAAAAAACACUUGCAUGGUGCCAGCAUGGCUUGAGUCUUCAGAGUUGGACCAUCUCCACUUGGAAAAACACUUCCAUACCUGUACCUGAAUCUAACUUGGCAGUGUAUAUACGCUGUGUUACUGCAGGGAAUUUCAGUCAUGUGAUGAAUACAGUUCCAGCAAUAGAUGUGUAUGUGACAAAAACAUCAUCUGGCCCUCGGGGUGUCACAUGACCUGCAAUCCUCCCACAGACAUGUGCUGCUCUUGACAGAACAUCAUGACAAGAGUAGAAGGAGUCCCUGUUCCUCCUUUGGUAACCAUUAAAGUACAAAGAUAGACAAGGAAGUAAAAAGUUCCAGAAAUUGAGAGCUAACGCAACAAUGCAAAAACCACUUUUGCAUGUAAGUGAUUGCAAGAGGUAAAAGUGUUUCGUGACUUUAGAAGUGACAUCAAGCUGGUCAGUUUCUGCUGUAAAAUUAACUUUCUGGAUUCCCAUUUUUGUGUGAUUUUCUUAACUAACUAGACAUCACUGUGUAAAGACUGAUGUGUCCCUCUUUCUCUGACUUUGUUACUAGCCAGAGUUUGCACCUAAGCCUUAUUUCGGCUUAAGGUGUUUGAGUCAGAGAGACAGGCUGGAACGGUCUUUCAAAUGGUUGUUCUUGCCUAAUUCUGUCUAUUUUGUCAAACUUACCUACAGCAAUUUUAAACCAAAAUCAAGAAUUGCAUAUUGUGAUAUAGUACUGUAUGUAUUUAAAUAUCACAGAUACUGAUAGUCGUAGUUUUUCAUUUUACACCAUAUUGUGUCUGCUUUGGGUCUUGUGCACAACACACCUCUCAAUGUAAGUGUAACAAUCGUUUCCAUGGGGGUUGCUGUCUGAACAUACCUUAAAUAAAAUGGUGACAAAAUACAGUUUGCAAUGCUAUUGUAACUACAUACAUCACUGAACUUUACCAACAGUCACAGUGUCUCACUUCCUGUGUCAUUUUGUGGGUGUGAGAUGUCUGCUACACAAACUGUAAACAUAUUAAGUCCUUAUAUCGAGUCUUUUAAAUGUGGUGGGUUGUUUAAAAGUCAGGGCUUAAGAAAUUUGGUUGUAGUCGGAGUAAAGUUUUUGAAAUAAAUCAGUCUUGCAGACAAACGACAGUGCACAUUUCUGUAUCUUGUCUCUACCUUUUCUUUACAAUGGAAAUUUUUGUUAGUGGCUGUUGUUGCUCUAAGUUUUGCAUUUUCACAGACCAUAUCAGAUAAGUGGUUUCUCAUCUCACGGAUGAGUUCUGUCACAACAAGAAAUAGGUAAGAAAGAUAAGACAAAUGCUGUUUGGUCAGAGUGCAUUGUGACAGGCUUUCUUUUUCAAUUCCUAUUCCAUAUCUGUAUAUGAAGUUACUCAGACAUGAGAAGAAAACAUGCAGAAAAUUUUUCACCCAAAAAGCAAAGACACGUGUCACUGCUAUUGAGAAGGAGCUCCUGGAAAACACAUUCAUGUGCAAUGUUGUCAAGAAAUCAAACCCUGAGGACAAACAAAAAGCAAGCGUGAACACUGUAGAAGGGAUGAUGGUCAUUUUUUUUGUGUUAAAAAAAAUGUCUGGUGGUUCCAAACACUCAAAAAUCUCAAUAAUUAUCUAUUUGUAAUUCUACAUCCAUGGAAAGAUAAGAAAAUGGGCCCCUAGACACACACGUAAUGACUGUGA